GAUUCAGAGAGAGUGGCAAGGUGUAAUGACAAAGGGUGAGAAAGAAAUACAGCAGGUUUGAAGGGUUUGAAUUUAAGAAGGAAACACAAGAUAGAGAGCAGUCAGAGAGAGAGAGAGAGAGAGGGAGGGACUGAGAGAGAGAGAGAGACACACACACACACACACACACACACACACAGUGAGGGGUGUGUCAUAGCAAUUUAGUUCCUCAAGGAAGUACAAGUCAACACUAUCUUAAGAUAGGGUGGCAGCACUGACAGUAGCGCUGCAGGAGGGCUGUGUUCUGGAAGUUCAGGCUGUGCUCGUGGUGAAGAUGAAGGGAUCUCAUUGAAUCUGGCCGGUGCUGUCACCCUGAGACCCACAGCAGAGGGAGAGAGAGAGAGAUCUGACACAGAGCAGGAGGGAGGGGGACUCAGAACACACACAGGCAACCAUGGACUCCUUCAGCUCAAAGGACAUGGCCCUGAGGGCACAGAAGAAGAUCCUCAGCACCAUGGCCAACAAAACCUCUGUCCAAAUGUUCAUUGAUGACACCACCAGUGAGAUCCUGGAUGAACUGUACCACAUCUCCAAAGACUUCUCGGGUAAUAAAACAGAGGCCCAGAAAGUGAUCAAAAACCUGAUCAAGAUAGCCGUGAAGAUUGGAGUGCUGUUCAGGAACAACCGAUUCAGCACAGAGGAGCUGGGAACGGCCCAGGAGUUUAAGAAGAAGCUGCACCAAGGUGCCAUGACAGCUAUCAGCUUUUAUGAGGUGGACUUCACCUUUGACAAGGCAGUGAUGGAGGACCUCCUGACCAGCUGCAGGGAUCUGCUGCUGAAGCUGGUCAACAGCCACCUCACCACAAAAUCACACGGUCGCAUCAACCAUGUCUUCAACCAUUACUCCAACCCAGAGCUCUUGACCAAACUGUACGACCCCAACGGCCCCUUCCGACCCAACCUCACCAAGAUCUGCAAAGGACUCAACAAACUGGUGGAGGAUGGGACAAUAUGAUACAAACAAUAAAAUGUCAGUCAGACACUGGGAGAUCUUCACAGUCAAAGUGGCAGACUAACUUGAGACUCAGAACUUUUGGAUGAAAUUGGUCUUACUGCUGCUGAAGACUGGCUACAUGAGUGCUUUGAGAACAAAAGUGAUGCCCUGUCAUUCUCAAAGAACACGUGGGAUAAAAAACAAAGUUGACUGAGUCAUUCCUCAAGUUAUUAAUGUUCAGAAGUCAUAGAUAAUAAUUGUAACUUGUCUGUUUAGACAAUGUUUGCAGAAACCAAACUUGAACAUAAAAAGUAUAUCAGUGGUUAAGAGCUAUAAAAGUUGUGUUGAGUCAAAACAGGUGGACAGAUUGCAUAAAGAACAGACAGAGAACAAAGCCAGUGUAAUACAGCACUGCCAUCUGGUGGUCAAGAUGUUGCUUCAGCAAGUCAAUGUACUGUAUUUACAGAAGCAUCCAGAAGCCAGCCAAUAGUAGAGCUAAUAACACCAGAGUGGACAAUUACUUAUACCUUAUAGUCUCAUAUUCAAAACAGGUCUAGAAGCAUCAACAAAAACACUGACUUUUAAAAUGCAUUGACUGCAUGAGCUUGGAUUGCAGGUGUUAGUCUUUGGUUUUACAUUAAAAAGACAUAGAAUAUCAACAGACAUGAGAAAAAUCAAGCCCUGAAUGGACACUCCACCUUGUAUAGAGUUUAACUGCUCAAUAUUUUCAUCUUUAUGUGAAACAAUAAUGUAGAGAAAAGCCAGUUAAACUGUAAAACUAAAGAAAGCUGUGUUUAAAGUGCUAAUGCUAGUUAACAGGUUCUUGAGGUGCUUUUGAGGGCCACAGAGCUCAACCUUGUAAGUGUGAAGAAACAUAUACUUAGACCCCGAAUGUGAUGAAUUCACACAUUUUUUUUUAAUUCUAAAAUGAACUAUACAAAACUUUUGAAAGAAAAAUAUGCCCAUAGCAAAUAAUAAAAUGACUGCUGUCACAAUGCAUUCC